CAGAAAUUGUUUCUCAAUAUGGGAGGUGAGUUUCCUUUGGGGCCCCGUAUGGAGGCCACAAGAAUUGUUGUGGUAUGUUGUGGUUCAGGUAGACCUCGUCAAGGGACUUGUGGAAGAUGUCUACAAGCAGUAUCGAUCCUUCCAAGAGCUUCGAGGGCGAAAGGUAGAGGAGUUAAAGGUUCAGAUCAAUGAAGGACCUCGAGCUGGGAGUAGACGCAGACCUACGAAGUAGAUGGAGACUGCAACCUGUUGUGACAGGCCAAGUUCCUUCAGGUCCUUCAGAGUCCAAAUCCGCAAGCAAUUCUACGACCAAUGCGAACAUUUGCACCAGUGAUGACUUCACCAAGUCCGUGGAUGCCCUGGUGUCCUACAUUGAUCCCGACAAUGAGGAGAUGAAGAUUGUUGUGAACGUGCUGUGGCGAAUCCUCGGCCGCAGCACGACCAACUGUGGUUUGGUGGUCGGCACCCUCAUCAAGCCAAAGCUUGGAUUGCAGCCUUUCGGUGAGGCAUUUUACUUCUUCUGGCAGGGUGGUGACUUCAUCAAGAAUGAUGAGCCCCAGGGCAACCAGAGUCUUUGCCAAAUGAAUGAGUGCAUGCUGAUUUGGCCAGGCCAUGAGGGCAUUCUACAUGCAACAAGGCAGGAGACGGAAGCUCCAAACUCUUCUCUGCCAACAUCACUGCGGAUGACCCAAACGUGAUGAUUGCCUUAGGCAAGCACGUCCUGCCCUGUUCUGUCCUUUUUCUCAGAAUUGUGCCUUCCUGGUCAAAGAUAAGCUCAUGGCCUCAUCAAGGACAGGGCAGACAACUGCAAAUAUGGAAAUUCGAUCGUAGAGAACCACCCCUUCUAAUCUCGUGAUGAGCUCAAAGGCCAUUGUAUUCAUCAACAGCUGGUCGCUCAAGAACCAUCCGGUCACUGAUGCUGCGCGUGCUGUUUGCCCCCAACGGAUGAAAACGCGGUGCCUAUUUUGCAUCGGCGAACGCAGUGCGCAAUAGCAUGUGCAUUCCUGUGCAGUGCAUUUUAGGAACAGUUGAGCCUGUUGAGCCGGGAACCAUUUGAAGAGAGUAGAGUUUGAAAGACGAGACCUGUCCGAGUGUGUUUUCUGGUCAGAUCUGGUCAGUCUCUUCCAGGUCCUAACAGCAAAAGAUCUGAGAUCCAAGUCGGGACUCAAACGUCGGAGCAUUGAGAAGCGAGAUUGCUGUGGGAUCGGAGGAAUUUGUAAAGUUGAAGUCUUCAGAAAUCAUGGACGUAUAGGCGCAACUUGUGCAAGCAGAUCUCCAGUGUCAUGGGCGCCUCUGCCAUCCACAUGGACACCAUGAGCUUCGGCAAGUCAAGAUGGAGGGUCGUGCUGCUGACAAGAACAUCGCCUACAUGAUGAGGCGGAGGGCCCAUACUACCGUCACUGGUGGCAGUGACGGCAGACAGGGUUUGUAGAUGUUUGUAGAGGGAACAAGUCAAUACGUAAUUAGGCUGUUUGUUCACAGUGCUGCAUUGACACAUUUGGCUCCGCUGAUUGAACUGA